AUAAUAAAAAAAACACCGGCAAAACCUGCAUCUUGGACGAGUAGGGAAGCAUCGAAGUUCUUGUUGCAUGCCGAAGCAGUAGAACCCAACACAACACUGUCACCAUAACCCCACCAAACCCAACUCACAGAUGAGGCCGCCACAUCUCCUCCACCUCCGCCGCCACUUCGCCACAAAGUACACUGCCAAGAUAACCUCAACCACCGCCACAGGCCGCUCCCUCGCGGCGGAAGUAACCGUUCCGCCGCCCCUCCCUUCUGACCCGCGCGGCUACCUCCUCCCCCGGCGCGACCUAAUCUGCAAGGCCACCCAAAUCCUCCUCUCCCCACCUUCCCCCUCCACCACCCUCUCCGACCCCUUCUCCGACCUCUCCGACUACCUCUCCUCCCUCUCCCUCUCCCUCACCCCUCUCGAAGCCUCCGAAAUCCUCAAGGCCCUCAAACACCCCUCCCUCGCCCUCCGAUUCUUCCAAUUUUGUCCCUCCCUAAACCCUAGCUUCCGCCACGAGUCCUUCACCUACAACCGCCUCUUCCUCAUCCUCUCCAAAUCCACCAACCCCGCGCGCUUCGACCAGGCGCGCUCGCUCCUCCAUGACAUGGACCGCCGCGCUGUCCGCGGCUCCAUCUCCACCGUCAACAUCCUCGUCGGGUUCUUCGGCGCCGGCGAGGACUUGGAACGCUGCGUUUCGCUCGUCAAGAAGUGGGACCUGAGGCUCAAUGCUUACACCUACAAGUGCUUGCUUCAGGCGUAUUUGAGGGCCCUGGAUUCUUCUACUGCGUUUAGGGUUUACUUGGAUAUGAUUAGGCAUGGGUAUAGGUUGGACAUUUUUGGUUAUAACAUGCUUUUGGAUGCUCUGGCCAAGGAUGAAAAGGUGGAUAAAGCAUAUAAAGUUUUUGAGGACAUGAAGCGGAGGCAUUGCGAGCCUGAUGUGUUCACUUACACUAUUAUGAUCAGAAUGACUGGGAAAUCUAGCAAAACUGAUGAGGCGCUAGCACUUUUUCAGGCAAUGUUAGCAAAGGGCUGUACUCCUAAUUUGAUUGGUUAUAAUACUAUGAUUGAGGCACUUGCCAAGGGGCGAAUGGUUGACAAAGCUGUUCUGCUUUUCUCAAAAAUGGUGGAGAAUGAUAUUCAGCCUAAUGAAUUUACGUACAGUGUGAUUUUGAAUCUUCUGGUUGCUGAAGGGAAGCUUAAUAAGCUAGACAAUAUUGUGGACAUAUCAAAGAAAUAUAUCAAUAAGCAGAUAUAUGCAUAUUUUGUUAGGACUUUAAGUAAAGUGGGUCAUGCUUCUGAAGCACAUAGGUUAUUUUGCAACAUGUGGAACUUUCAUGACAAGGGUGACAAAGAUGCUUGCAUGUCCAUGUUGGAGAGUUUAUGCAGUGCCGGUAAAAUGACAGAAGCUAUAGACCUUCUGAAUAAAAUUCAUGAAAAGGGUAUAACCACUGAUACUAUCAUGUAUAAUACAGUAUUCACAGCUCUUGGCCGGUUGAAACAAAUAUCACACAUUCAUGAUCUUUAUGAAAAGAUGAAACAAGAUGGCCCUCCACCAGACAUAUUUACAUACAAUAUUUUGAUCUCCAGCUUUGGCAGGGCUGGAAGAGUAGACAUUGCUGUUAAAUUUUUUGAAGAACUAGAGAACAGCGAUUGUAAGCCUGAUGUCAUUUCCUAUAACUCUUUGAUCAAUUGCCUUGGAAAGAAUGGGGAUGUUGAUGAAGCUCACAUGAGAUUUAAAGAGAUGCAAGAGAAAGGAUUAAAUCCGGAUGUUGUGACUUAUAGUACACUUAUUGAGUGUUUUGGCAAGACGGAUAAAGUUGAGAUGGCGUGUAGGUUGUUUGAUGAAAUGCUUGCUGAAGAAUGCACUCCUAACUUAAUCACAUAUAACAUUUUGCUUGACUGUCUUGAAAGGAGUGGAAGAACUGCUGAGGCAGUGGACCUCUAUGCAAAACUCAAGCAGCAAGGGUUGACACCAGAUUCAAUUACGUAUGCAGUGCUUGAACGAUUGCAAAGUGGUGGACACGGGAAGUUGAGGUUUCGCCGGCAGAAUCCUAUUACUGGUUGGGUUGUUAGCCCUUUAAGAUGACAGAGAAAACACAAUAAUUGUUGUACAUUCUUAAAAAACUUCGUACCCCAUUGCCCAGAGGCUCUUCGCUAUGCGAAGGUAUGGGGGAGGGAUAUUGUACGCAGCCUUACCCUUGCAUAUGCAAAGAGGCUGUUUCCGGAUUCGAAUCCAUGACCAACAAGUCACCAAGGCACAACUUUACCGCUGCACCAGGGCUCGCCCUCAAUUGUUGUACAUUCUUAUCAAGCAGAAAUCAUUUGUAAGUAGGCUUUCUCAGGAUUCUUCUGAUGCUAUUUAAUCUAUAGCUGAGGCUGAGCAUUUUAUGAUUAUGGCCAUCGGAUGAACUUGGUUGCAACCAGAUGCGCUGCUUCAAGUGCAGUGGCUAAAGCAUGCUCCAGAACAGGUAGACUUGCAAGUUUGUUAGGAACAAACUCAAGUUUUCCUGCAUUGGGAUUUGGAACUUUCCUCUUGGGAAUCCCAUGAACAGGGUCUGUUACAAAUCUCUUUUCUUGUAGAUUCUGAUAAUUUAAUUCCUGAUAGGGUCUGUUUCAAACUCAUACAAGAUACAUCAUCUUAUUCACAGGCAGGGGUUUCUCAUUUAAUGACCUUGCAAAAAUAAACGAAAUUGUAUGGAAAAGACAAGCCAGUGAUUUCUCUUCCUGGAAUUAUCCAUUGUUACACGAGAUAUAGUAAUAGAGAAAAUCUAGCAGGGUGAAACAUCACUAAUUUUUCCUUGGUUUUAUAUUGGUGAUUCCUGGGCUUCUAGCCAUAAUCCAUAUACAUCAACUGGUUACAUAUUUAAUUCAAAAGCUAAUAGCUCGCAUCCUUCAAGCAUAUAUAUAUAUUUUCCCCCCAUAGUUUGAGGAUGGUCUUGUACAAUGUAAAGAACCAAGAUGAAAUAUUCCCCCAUUUUACGUAUUGUCUAUUUUAUUUUCUGCUAGUUA